AGCCCUUAAGUAUGAUGCGUCUGCAGGAGAAGAUGUUGAGGAAGUUUCGAGCCGACAUACUAGGGGUGUGCAGAAGAAGAUGACGGAUCUCGAGGUGAAGGCAUCACAAUUACAGACAGAACUAGAUAACGCGACACCAUCCUCCUUGGUAGCGCGGAAAACCCACAAUCGUACCACGUGGCUACUUGAAGAUUGCUCUAUCAAUACAUGGGGCUAUGACCUGGCGGAAAUAGAACGGACACUCAAUUCGCAUGCCAAGCUGGACGUCGAUUUGAGUGGUGCCAGAGGGAUUGCUCUCCUAGCAAACUGCAGGUCUAACUUGGCCAUCAAGCUCUCGGAUCCUGCCGAGGAAUACGAGAACAUUCGAACGCUACCAGGGCAUAACCAGAGCGUCAUCUCGGCGCGGGAGGCGCUGCGCUUCUGGGAAAUCUAUCGGCCAGCAGAGACCAGACAAUUCGAAAAUGAACAUAACCCCAGAAAACUGCCUGGGCGCUCUACGCGGGCACCGCGACACCGCGAUUGGGUGUGGUCCUACCGACUGGACGAGCGGGGGCUCUUAUCCACGUCCCUCGACUAG